CGUUGGUGGGUAUGGUACAACGAUCCAAUUUGAUUACAUUUCGAACAUUAGCCCUAUGGAAUUGUUACGCGAGACAGUUCGCUCGUGCCCGGGAAGGGGAACAGAGGGCGACCGAUUUUUUCCCGAUUCCCACCGUCACAAUCAUCAUCAAACAGUAGCAGCAGUAAUUGAUAAAUGGUGGUUCGGUUUACGUAAUAAUUAAAUUUCUAUUCGCGCUGCCCAACGGGGGCACGAGGAUUCAAAUAAUAGGAACCAUCCCUAGUGCGGGUUGAUCAUUCUAGUGCGGGCCUGACGAGAGAAAAGUGCUGCUCCAUUUGGAGGAAGACUACUGCUGUGAAGAAAGGGCGGAAUAAGUGGAGGUGAAUCGGAAAUUAGUCUAAAGGACGACUAGUAACAAGAGGCGGUUAUUCCAGUAAGGAUGGAAUUUGAGCAGGAAUACACCGCCGAGGAGGCGCUCAAUAUCGAGAAAGAAUUCACGCGAUUGAAAGGCAAACACUACAUGGACCACGCCGGCACAACCCUGUACGCCGAGUCCCAAAUCCGGGCCGUCCAUGACUUGCUCACACAAAACCUGUUCUGCAAUCCCCACAGCAGUCCCCUGACCGGAAAGCUACUCCAGCAAGUUCGACACCGUCUACUUCGAUUCUUCAACACCAGCCCCUCGGACUACAGCUUGGUAUUCACGUCCGGCGCCACCGCCAGUCUCAAACUGGUAGCGGAGAGCUUCCGCUUUCGACCGCCAGACGAGCCCGAGUCGUCUUCGGACGAGGGAGCCUUCGUCUACCUGCGGGACAACCACACCUCGGUGCUGGGGAUGCGAUCCGUAGUGGGGACCGAGCGGAUCGAUCCGCUCGAACCGGAAGAGCUGCUGCGACAUCUGAAGGUGUCGGCCAGAUGUAGUGGAGGAACCAAGCCGUCGCUGUUGGUGUUUCCGGCGCAGAACAACUUCAACGCGGCCAAGUAUCCGCUGGAUCUGGUUGAGGAGAUUCAGCAGAAUGGCUUGAGCGGGUACGAUGAUGAGCGAUUCUACGUGUGCCUGGAUGCCGCAAGUUACGUGUCGACGAAUUUCCUGGACUUGGGUCGCUAUCGGCCGGAUUUUGUGUGCAUGUCGUUCUACAAGAUCUUCGGAUAUCCAACGGGAUUGGGAGCUCUGUUGAUCCGGAACGGAUCCGAGGACGUUUUGGACAAGAAGUACUACGGCGGAGGAACGAUCAAGAUCAUGCUGAGCGGACAGAAUCUGCACCUCAAGCAUGACGAUCUGGUGACGCGGUUCGAGGAUGGUACCCAACCGUUCCUUUCGAUCAUAUCGCUGCUAGAGGGGAUGAACACGAUACAGCGGUUGAUUCCGGCGGCCAACGGAUAUCGCCCGAUGGAGCGAAUUUCAAAGCACGUGUUCAAUUUAGCCAAGUAUUGCUACCGAAAGUUGGGGACGCUCCAACACGCGAACGGCAAGAAAGCGAUCCUGUUCUACUCGGAUACCCGGUACGAAACACGUGAUCGCCAGGGAGGGAUCGUCACGUUUAACGUGUUGAAGGAUGACGGAAUUCAUCUAGGGUUCUCGGAGUUUGCAAAGUUUGCAGGACAACAUCAGAUCUACGUCCGGACGGGUUGUUUCUGCAACGCUGGUAGCUGUCAGAAACACCUUGGACUGACCGACGAGGACAUACUGAUGUUCUACGAAAUGGGUAAGGUCUGUGGGGACGAUACGGACAUGAUCGAGGGACGACCUACCGGGACGGUGCGGGUAUCCUUCGGCUACAUGAAUAAGAAGGAGGACGUUGAUCGGCUGGUGGACAUGAUCUAUGAUUGCUUCGUUUCCAAGUCGGUGAGUAAUGUAGCGAUGGUCAGUCCCAUGAGGAACGUGAUCAAGAACGAAGGUAUUGCGUUGAAGGCGAUCUACCUUUACCCGAUACGAUCGUGUGGCGGCUACCGUGUCACGAGUGCUUGGCCACUGACCGAGCGGGGUUUGAAGUACGAUCGCGAGUUUACGAUCGUAGACAGCAACGGGAAUCCGUUGAUGCGCAACAAGCACGCCGAGAUGUCCACGAUCCAUCCGAAAAUCGAUCCCAGUCUAAAUUUCCUGAUCUUGACGCAUCCUUUCAUGGAAGAUCUGAUUCUUAAAAUCCGGAAGCUUCCUACGGAGUUCAACGAUGGGGAGUCGAUCGACUUGGGCGACGCAGCAGCUGCUUGGAUCAGUAAGGCCUUGCGUAUGCCGAAGCUUCGCCUGUUGCGAACCUCUGCCACGGAUCGUAAGCCCCCUCACAAACUCUUGAUGAUCAAUUGGGACGCAAUGAAGACGCUGAGUGAUGACGAAGGUGUUGAAAGCGAUGCCACAAUGUCCUGGUUGGUUGAUCACUUCCGAGGCAGCUUGAUCGUGGAAGGAAAAGCCGAAGAGGACUUGCAAGUCUGGAAGGAGGUCAAGAUCGGUAAGAAGCGAUUUAAGGUACAAGCAAACUGUACCCGUUGUCCGAUGAUCCACGUUGAUCAGUCGGGUGAAGCCAUUCCGGCAGACUCCCUGAAGGCGAUUGCCAACGUGUUCACCAAAAAGAUUCCCCUGGGCGUUCAUUUGACGGCUGUAGAUGAGGGAUUCCCGGAAGGGGUGCUAGAAUGCGGGUCAAUUCUGGAGCCCGUUCGACAGAGCGAUUCGCCGAAAGCUCACAUCAUCAAAGACUCCGUUUCCACGAGAUACAAUUUUGUUAUCAAGUAAAUCGUUAUGAGAGCGGCAUUUCGCCGUAUCAGA